AUGGAUGUAAUCGAUAGUGAGAAAGACUCUAGUUGGAGGUGGUUUUUAGAAAUGCUCAAAACUGUUAUACCAGAUAAUCCUGAGAUUGUUUUUAUGAGUGACAGACACACAAGCAUAGCGAAGGCAGUGCAGGAGGUGUACCCUCAGUCUCAGCAUGGAUUUUCUGUGUGGCACUUGUCUCGUAAUGUGAGGGUUAAAGCAGCCAAUGGUUGGAAGGAUUUGUGUUCUAAAAAAUUCAUUGAGUGCGCUCAUAAGUACACCGAAAGAGACAAGUACAACUUGGACACAAGCAAUGCCUGUGAAUCAAUGAACAGCGUCUUCAAGAAGGCGAGAAAGUACGCACUAUUGCCUUUGAUUGAUGCGUAUGUUGAGAAAGUGUCUGAAUGGUUCAACAGGUAUAGGAAUAACAUAGCUGGUGCAUCAUAUUCGAAGAAACUGGUGCCGUUUGUGGAAAACGAAUUGCAUAAACAAUGUGCAAUUGCGACCAAAUUAGAUGUGACUGAGCUAAAUCUACCUGGGCUUGAAUACAGUGUAGUUGGAGUUGAUGGGAAGAGCUAUCUGGUUAAUUUGGAUACAAAAAGCUGUGGGUGUCGCAUGUUUGAUAUUGAUAAGAUUCCAUGUGUUCAUGCAAUAGCCGCAACCAUUGCAAUGAUGCAGACGUCCUCAAGAAGAAGAGACUUACACAUUUUUGAUUUAUGCCUGAGAUACUACUUGAUUGAUACUUAG